GGUUGGGGGCUGAGCCUGGGGGCUGGAGCCUGGGAGCUGGGGAAUGCUGGGGGACUAGAGGCCUGGCGGGCUGGCUGGCUGAGGCGCUGAAGGUUGAAGAUCUUCGUGUCAUUGCACAAGAGAUUGGCUUGCCGUCAAGUGGAGUCAGGGACGCAGUGAUGAAAAGGCUGUUCGACGACAUAUCUGCACAGGAAUCUGGCACCACUGGUAGACCAUUGCCGUCCAGUUCGUCUCGCCGCCCGGAAUUGCCCGAGGAGCGUGGAGAUGUGUGCGGCAGUAUUUCGGCACAGGUGGAAGAGCUUCGUAUGGACGCCAGCAGCAAAGGACGCACGUGGCUGCAAGAGAAGAUGGCGAUGAUGAAACAGGGUGACUUGCGGAAGGUUGCAGCAGCUUCUGGUGUUUCUACGCGUGGAGAAGAUGGUUCAAUGGUGGCACCGGCUGAGGACACAGUGGCAGCUUCCGAACUUGCGCAAGGCUGCACGACCAAUUCCUGGAUGCGAUCCGACAACAAACAUACGAACCACUACUUCCAACUGAGCGACUUCGAGGAGGCCACCCAGAUCUACUUCUCACUGGAACGGCGCGCUUGCAUGGAAUGUCCUAUGUCCUCAGAUGGCGUCAGCUAUGUGACCGUGAUUACAGGCGCGCGGAUGAAUGGAGCAGAGGACUUGAAAG